AUGAUGACCCUGUGGUCGCAGGCUGUUGACAUCUGUAGAGGAAUUAUCAGACCUGGGCUGACCAGGCAUCAAUCACAGCAGUCAAUAGGCGAGGGCAAGUUCAUUCAGGUCAGCUCUCAGACGGCUUGUCCCACCCUGUCACCUCCCACCCUGUCACCUCCCACCCUGUCGCCUCCCACCCUGUCGCCUCCCACCCUGCCGCCUCCCACCCUGCCACCUCCCACCUCCCACCCUGUUCCCACCUCCCACCCUGUCACCUCCCACCCUGCCACCUCCCACCCCCAUCCUGUCACCUCCCACCCUGCCAUCUCCCACCUCCCACCCUGUUACCUUCCACCUCCCACCCUGCCACCUCCCACCUCCCACCCUGUUACCUCCCACUCUGUCACCUCCCACCCUGCCACCUUCACCUCCCAACCUGUCACCUCCCACCCUGUCACCUCCCACCCUGUCACCUCCCACCCUGCCACCUCCCACCCUGCCACCUCCCACCCUGCCAAGUCCCACCCUGUCAUCUCCCACCCUGUCACCUCCCACCCUGUCGCCUCCCACCCUGCCGCCUCCCACCCUGCCUCCCACCUCCCACCUCCCAGCCUGUUACCUCCCACCCUGUUCACCUCCCACCCUGCCACCUCCCACCCUGCCACCUCCCACCUUCCGCCUCCCACCCUGCCACCUCCCACCUCCCACCCUCCUGUCACCUCCCACCCUGCCGCCUCCCACCCUGCCGCCUCCCACCCUGCCGCCUCCCACCCUGUCGCCUCCCACCCUGCCGCCUCCCACCCUGUCGCCUCCCACCCUGUCACCUCCCAGCCUGUCACCUCCCACCCUGUCACCUCCCACCUGUUGCCUCCCAACCUGCCACCUCCCACCCUGCCACCUCCCACCCUGUCACCUCCCACCCUACCACCUCCCACCCUGCCACCUCCCACCCUGCCACCUCCCACCCUGUGA